AAAAAUUGCGAGAAAAGAGGGGAAGAAGGAUCAUUAAAUCAAAACCAGUCUUCUCCCUUCUCCUGAGAUUCGUUGUUGACCGCCGGAUUCAUCUCAACUCGCCGCUAAACCCUGAUCGAAACCACCGUAACGGCCGUCGAAUUUCAGCUUAUUGAUUUUGAACAGGUUAAGGCAAUAAUGAAUAACCAGUCUCUGUCCAAUGGAUAUCCAUACAGAAAAGUUGAACAUCAAGCAGGGAUGAAUAAGGCUCAGCCGAUGAAGCCACACACCCAGAAUAAAAACGGUGGGAAAGCUGGAAGUUUGGAUAUUCCUUCUCGUGAUCCGUUUGAGUAUCUCGCAACUUGUCAUAUCGGACAUCAUGUUGAAGUUCAUCUUAUAGAUGGGUCCGUUUACGGUGGUAUAUUUCAUUCUUCUGAUGUGGAGAAUAGUUUUGGAAUUGUUUUGAAAAUGGCCUCUUUGAUCAGGGAAGGUAGUUUACGAGGAAUGAAACCCGUUUCUCCGCUUGUCAGCAAGCCUCCUUCAAAGAUACUCAUUAUCCCUGCCGCUGAAGUUGUGCAAGUUAUAGCUAAGGACCUUCCUGUACACAGCAAUAACGCCUCAAAUUCAGCUCAAUGCGAGGGACCUUUAGAGCUAUUGACAGACUCUUCUAUAUCACAGUCGUAUCAUGUUGAUUUGGAAAGAGAGCUGAAACGUUGGGUACCUGAUGAAGAUGUUCCAGAUUGUUCAGAUCUGGAGAAUGUGUUUGAUGACCCUUGGAAGAGGGGAUGGAAUCAGUUUGAGGUCAAUGAGACAUUGUUCGGAGUAACAAGCACUUUCGACGAGGAACUGUAUACCACAAAACUCGAGAGAGGUCCUCGGAAUAGAGAGCUAGAAGAGCAAGCCUCGAAGAUUGCAAGAGAGAUCGAGGGUGAGAAUACCCGAGAUCUUCACGUAGCAGAGGAAAGAGGGAUUCAGCUUAGUGGAAAGUUUGAUAUGGAUGAGGAAACUAAAUAUUCAUCGGUCUGCCCGGUUAAUGGAUUUGAUGAUUCGGGUUAUGAAGAGGACGAGGAAGAAGAAAUCUUACUGAAUUGCCGUAAUAAUUUGACUUUCGGUGAUUCAACUGCUUCUGAUGGCAUGAAAACUGCUUCAAUUGGCAAGGUCUAUGAAGAAUCAUGGGGUGGCGGUCUACCUUCACGGCAGCCUAUGUUCGAACAGCCAUCCAAAGAUACUCAUGCUCUAGGCAACAAUAACAGGAAUGAGAACCAGUUUGGUGAGCAGAGAAAUAACAAAAGUCUAGAGGCUUCCCAUUAUAAAAAGCAUGUAUUAACACAGCCGUCCGUGGAAUCAGUGUCUGGUCUUGAAGAUAUUAAUGAAGGCGCAGCUACCUCUGAUCCAUGGAGAACUUCUGACAAAGCGAAAUCUGAGAAAAUUCUGCAAACUUCCUCACCAUCAAGUCGUCCAAUACUAUCACCAAGCUCUUCAAUUGGUUCUUAUUCUUCAGAAAAGUCCACCCUUAACCCAAAUGCUAAGGAAUUUAAACCAAACCCCAACGCAAAGAGUUUCAAACAAUCUCCAACAGCUACACUGCCUCAAUCUCCAGUUCCGGAUGAAUCAUUCUAUUACCCUCCCGUUCCGCCGAUGCCCGGAAUACACCUUCGAUACGGAAUGGGAGCAGCAUUCGCUGGACAACAUCCAGUGAUGUAUAACAACAAUACACCCCAGCUUGGUCCAAAUCAAACUUAUUAUUCUCCAAAUAGUCCACAGUACUCACAACCAAUGAUGGUUGGUCAGCAGAGACCCGUUUUGUUUAUGCCGCCGUCGCCAUACCAACCGGAGAUGCCAUAUAAAGGAAGGGACUCUUAUUAAGCUUUUGACCAAACCAUGAAAGGUGGUGGCACAAGGUUUUGCAUAAUCUUCUGAUGGUUUGGGGGGGGGGGUGUUUAAUUUAUUACUUUAAUUUAUUUUCAGCACCGAAUCUUUUAUUUUUCUUUUCUUUUUAAAAAAUUGAUAAAUGGUUUGAUGGUCCAUGAGAGAAGAAUUGAACACAUGUGAUAUUGAUUUUGUUUGUUUAGGAUUUUGAUUAGACAAGAUCUUGAUUUAGAUUCGGGCUGAUCUCACUUCCUUCUCUUUACUCGUGUCACUUUUAAAACUCUAAAUCUAUGUAUGACAUUGAGUCUGAUGACAUUCUAUGUUUGAGUCUAUUUACAUAUCAAAAAAAGGAAAAAUUAGG